AUUUGACGUCUGAGAAUGGUUACGGAAACGAGGACUUGCGCACUCCCUCCCCUUUAAUUGCCAUCAUCAGGCUCCGAGUCGCCCUCCGUGAACGACUCCCUGAUGGGGACAGAGCUGGGCGGAAACACAGCCGGCAUCGCCGCUCUGGAGGGAGGCCUGUCAUCGGAGCAGGGUUCGGUGAUGUGUGGUGGUGGCACGGUGCGGCGGUGGUGCUGUGGUGGCUAGUGCUGGGCCUCCUCAGGGACCCCAGCGACGUGGCCUCCCCCCAGAACCUCACCCAAAUCUUGAAGCAUUUUUCAGAGCUCAUGGAGACACCGGUGAAGCUGCGCAACAAUUACCAGAGCAUCUCCCUGGACACUCAAAGCAGCCCGGAGCCGCCAGAGCUCAUCCUGCCCCACACACAUGGUGGCUCCUUGCUGCUUCAGGAUCAUGAUGUUGCGUUUUCUGACCAUCUUGUUGUCCCUCGGCUCCCUGCUUGCAACGACACCCAUCCACCUGAAGCCUGGCGCCCUCACGGCACACAUAGGAAAGGUCUUCCUCAUAGAAGAUAUGCUCCUCGUAAAAUAUCCAUAUACUUCCUUGACCAACACCACAGACACAAUCAGGAUAGUCUCAGAAAAAAAAACUACUCGGCAUGGCAGACGCCAUACGGGCUACCAAGACUAGGGAAUCAAAGGCACCUUCUAGUCCCAACUCUCUGAAUCUUUUUCAACUACUGGAGGAUAGGAUUCUGUUCUUACGGGGAAAAGUUGAUGAGGUAGACAUGGAUUAUAGUUUUCACUCCGUUCACUCUCGGGUAAAGAGGGGGUUGCUCAACAUCGUUGGGUCCGCCUCAAAGUUCCUCUUCGGUACGGCAACCAACGAGGACGUGGGCGAUUUGCGGGACCACUACGCUCAUGUACUUUCCUUUGCUGCCCGAAAUCGCAGGGUCAUCAACGCCAAUUGUAGAAAACUUGCGCGGUUGCAUACUCACAUUGAGGAACUGCUAGAGCAAACAAAUAAGAUGGUAGAAGUUAUCAACAUAGUUGUUGAAGUUAGUGAAGAAGUUAUUUAAGUUUCCCAUGAAAGUACAGUUUCUUUAAUUACUCCUCCACAUAUUUUUAUAAAUCCAGAAGUUUAAGCUGAAAUUACUGAAUCCAUUAUUUUCCUUUAUUAUAAUUAAUUUCAUUUAGUUUCUGUAAAUCAAGUUUUGUAUUCUUAGUUGAACUGAGAUAGGUAUAUAUUUGCCUUUCUCGAGUUUGCCUGUACAAGUUCCUGUCGUUGAAAAUAAACACGAUUCAGCAAGAAGAGCGAGACCAAGCCGC